GUCAAUAGUCAUCGAGGAAAGUGAUUCCUUUUUCCUUGUUAUCUUUUGUAAUCAGGAAAUGUACUGAAUAAACGUGUUAAAUUUUAAUUGUGAAAAAUAAAUAAAAGGGGAAUAUUAGGAAAUGGAAAUAUGAUAUUGAAUUUUUCAUAUUUAAAUUGUGUUUCGGAAAAGAAACGCAGGUGGCGGUAGUGUUCCGUGAAAUUGGCAGUUAAACUGUCCUCGGCUCCUGUUAAAAUGGUGAAAAUUGUGUGAAAAAGUGACUUCAAUUUGACGAAAUUCUUCUUGUGGAACAAUUUAAAGAAAGCAAACAAGAUGGCCAGACUUUCAAGAAAAACUAUUCACCCCAGGCAGAUAAGGGAUCAGUGGACAUCCGGCUCGUCGUCGAACCGAGUGCGUUUAUCCGCGGGAUCGCUGCAGGUGGACACCUGCGAUCGACGAGAUCGUUAAGAUGUGACGGACAGACGAAAAGUUUGCUGAACGAGGCAAACGGGGAUCAGAGUGAAAUGCAGGGAGAUCUAGCCCGGGCCUGGCUUCCGAGAUCAUGACGUAAACUGGUACCCAGAAAUCCCCCACAGCUUGUUGCCCUUGAUGGCUGCGAAGAACGAUCCAAGAUGAGUGUCCCGUGCCGUUGGUACGUGCUCGUUUUGGUCACGUGGUCGCCGGUGUUGGCUGACUUCGGUGACCAGGAGGCGCAGAUCGAGAGGCCUAAGGAACUGUUACGCCACCAGCAGAAUCACCUACCCUCGUUCAUCGAGCGUAGGCUGGUCGACAGACCGGAGAUGCACGAGGCUACCGAGCUUUCUGUACACCUGGACGAUCGAUUACCCGAUGAAAACCAAUCGGAAAACCAGCCGUCUCGUCGAGGCAUACUGGAAACCAGCAUCGAGAGACCGAUCACGCAGAUCAGGCACAGUCGUUCCCGGAGCCACUUCGCUAGACAGGCUAAACUGGACGAGCCCGACUCCUCUCGGGUCUCUGAGGGGAUGAACAAGGAUGAUGCGUUAGAGAAAGGGGGUGUUGCCAGGUCGGACAGGUCCGAAGGUCUGGUUAUUUUGGCGAAGGACCUCAGAUCGUCCGGCACGAUCGACGAACGAUCCACGGUGGACCUGGACAAAUUGCUCACCAGGUUGUCCGAGGCAGCUAAGGAGGGCAAGUCCCGGAACAGCCCGGUUCGCCACAAAGGCGACGCCUUCAAGAAACUUAAGAAGGUGAUCGCUAGGAACAGGUCCCGAGUAUUGGGGAACAAAACCGCGGGAAAUAUGACGGACGUCUACGGUCACAUCGUUCAUGGUACACCUGACAGGAACGAGCUGGACGACAUGGAAAUAGCCAUCAUCGAGGACUACGACCUAUACGGCGAUAACGACAGUGGCAGGAAUAACUCGGAACGAGAGGAUUACGAAGACUAUGGGGGCAAAGGUGAUCAGGAUAGGGCUAGCAAAGAGCCUGUCCACGUGGACAUCGUCACCAGGUUCCUUCGGAUCAUCGAGAACCAACAUCUUCUGGGCGAAAAUUGCACCGCUGGGACGGAUCUUAAUUUGGGGGAGGGUAUCGUCGACCAGUACGCCCAGGAGAGGUUCAAACUCGAAGCGAAUCUCGCGGUGAACAGGGCAAACAUGUUGACCAGACUGUGGAAGUAUGCGCCGGAAGUGAUGCUGUCCUCGGAGUACCUGCUGCAUGCCAGUAUUUUGUCAAUGGUCGAAUUCGACGAAGACAUCUUCGCUGCUGGGAAUUGUUACGAUAAAUUGCAGUACAGGGAUCAUUGGCUCUAUUGUCCCUUCGCCCAUCGGCUGCAGGACCAGGAUGGCAUCCUGGUGAAGGAUCUGGCGAUCGAGUACAAGUACCUGACCAACAGCAGCGAGUGGUUCUAUAUUGCUAGGAAGAAUGCUGAAAGAGUGAUAGCGAAUAAUGAUCAAUUCAGUCGAGGUUUCCACACGUACACCUUGAACGAGAGCAUGCAUACGGAGAGGGAGGAGGACGAGAUACUGACAGUGAGAUACGAGGAUGGCAGGUGGUCGAAACCCUACUAUGAUUGCGGGGGCGGGAAUAUCUGGAUGCUGACCUACACCGUUCCCUUCUUCGGAUACGUAAAUGACACCUACUUCUUCAAAGGAACCAGUGGAAUAGACAUAGAUCUACGUAGAUUAGACAUAGACCAAUGUCCAUUGCCCCCCGGAUCGACGCAAUUGAACAUAUUCGCAGCCAGUGACAAAUGCAAAAAACGAACAACCGAGUGUAUCGCCAUACCGGGAUUGGGCUUUCGCCGUGGGAGCUAUCGCUGCGUCUGCAAACGGGGCUUUUAUUACCCGGACACAAAAUCCACCAGCCGAUACUACAAUGGCACCGUGAUCGAAGAGGAAUACGAGAAAUUGAUGAUGAGCGAGGAGAGCCAGUACGACAUAGACGGCGUCUUCGAGUGUCUUCCCUGUGCAGAGGGCUGCGAGUCCUGCGAGGACGAUUCCCCCUGUGUGGUAUCCUUGAACUGGUUAAUGAGAACAGCCAUUCUGAUUCUGGAAUGCUGUGUCAUUGCCUGUUUGCCGGCUGUCGCCCUUUUCACAUGGAAAUAUGGAAACGUGAAGGUGGUCAGAGCAGCCAGUCCAGUUCUCCUUCGUGUCAUCGUGCUCGGUGCAUUCUUUAUUUAUUGCACGACGAUAGUAAUGUACCCCCGUCCAAACGUUAUAACGUGUACGGUACGAGUAUGGCUGCGAGAAAUUGGAUUCUCCCUCACCUACGGCGCGUUAAUGCUCAAAACUUGGCGCAUAUCGGUGAUAUUUAGGGUGAAAUCGGCCAAGGCGGUGAAAAUAACUGAUGGCAGCCUACUGAAGCGGCUGGGGGUCAUCGUGAUGAUAUUCAGCGUGUUCCUGAGCAUCCGUACCCUGGUCGCACCACCUGUGGUGAUAGUUGCACGAACGGCUGAUGAUCUGAAGGCUUAUCUCUGCCGAACCGACUGGUGGGAUCACAGUUUCACCACACUGGAGGUUAUGUUCCUGAUAUGGGGCAUCAGAUUAUGCAUCGUGGUGAGAAAAACACCGUCAGAGUUUAACGAAAGCCGUUUCAUCUCGAUGGCGAUUUACAACGAAUUUCUACUGUCAGUCUUCCUCAACGUCUCCAUGUUGUUCUUGCAGUCGCCGGCCAAUCCGGAUUUAUUGUACGUGAUAUUUUUCUGUCACACUCAGCUUACGGUGACGCUGCUGCUGUGCCUCAUAUUUGGCAGCAAGGCCUACGUGGUGUUCCGUAGCGGGGGCAAGGACGACUCGAAGCACUUCGGAGCCACCGGGAAAUUUCUGGGAAAAAGCAGCCGCCCAGCGGGCACUAGCAACCAGACGAACUCGAUAUCUCUUCAGCAAGGAAACUUCACCGACGAGAGCGACGGUGCGACGGAAGAGUUUCGACGUUUCAUCAACCAGUUGGAAGUACUGAAAGAGAAGAACGUUCUACUUGGGAACCACCAUUUGGUGAACAAACUGGCAGCAAUGCAGGAGGCUGCCAAUCGUGCUGAGACCCAGGUGUCCACCAUCCAGGCGAUCUCUUCAAGUAUGAGACUGAACGAUCUGAACGGAUCCACAGCAAUCGCUGAAACGGAGGUCGGAGAACCUUAUAAGAGCGACGAGAAAGGUGGGGAUACCAAAGAGAAGAGGUGCCAGGCAUGUAUAGAGAAGAACGGGAUCAAGAGUAAGGAUCAAGGAUCCUCUAAGGACGCCGAAGUACUGGUGUCCGUGGAGUCGAAGAAGGCCAGGAGGACCAACGACGUGGCGGUUUCCACUUCUGGUAAAGCGACCACCACAGAGGACAUCGGGACGGAGACGAAGCUCGAUGAGAAGGAGAGCGAUAAAAAAGACAAGAGCAAAAGCAAAUCCGGCCACGCGAGGACACACGCCAUUGUCAUCAACUUGGAUGACAAGAGCAGGUUCUCCGAAGAGGUCACCGUUUAAGAUGAUCAAGUGUGUUCCUGUGAACUGUUUCAAUUAUAGUCUUCUAGGUACAAUUUCAAAAGGUACGAUGAAGUAAAGUGAAAUUUGGGUAAGGAGAAAUUUUGUUUUAGGAGAAGUUUAGAUUCGGUUCUUUUCUCAGUGAUUGAAAAAAAACUUAUAUAGCAACUACAGACUUAAAUAUUCAUGAAUGCAGGUUGUCGAAUUGUAAAAAUACAAAUUUCCUUGAAAGGUUUCGAUCGUUUUGAUCACCUAAGAGGAAAGUUGUGAUAUAAUACUUCCUUGUAUGCAGUAAUUAAUGAUGUACUUGAUCAAGAAAAAUCUUAGAAAGUACAUAAUUCUUAAAAAAAAAAUUAUAUGCCAUUGAUACUGUGGAUUCUUCGCUAAAAAACAAAUCGAAAAGUCCUUUACCAUUUUUCAAUCCGUGACUUAGUUUUUGAGAUACAAGCAAUUGAAAAUUGGACGUCCAUAUUGGCCGCCAUAUUAAAACAUGGCUGCCGUAUUCAAAAUGGCCUCUACAUUCAAGAUAACCAUCAAACUUCAAUUGUUUAUAUGUCAGCAACUAAGCCACGAAUUGAAAAAUGGUAAAGAACUUUAUCGUUUGUUUUUUCAUGAAGAAUCUAUAGCAUUUGUGGCAUAAAACUUUCUUGAAACGCUCAGUAUACGUAGCACAAGAUAUUUCAGCAGAGAGAGAUAGAAUAUAAAAUCUCUUCAAACAUGAUUUUGCUUUUCAACGUAUUGAAAAGAAGAAAAGCUAAAGCCACGAAUAACGUAUCUUAGACGUCUGUUGUAUAAAAAUUUUCAAUUUUUCAACUGAUAAACGAAGACAUAAGGAACAUUCGGUAGAGAAAUGAGCCGAACUCUGUAGUGUGAAGAAAAAUACGAUUUCGAAGGUGGAAAGAAACUUGCAAAGUCUAUUCAGAUGCACCAUUCUCAUAAAUAUGCAUCACUGAUACCGUCCCAGAUAGAAUAGGCUUCUCUUGUUUUCAUUAAAACUUCUCUGGUCUGCGGUAACUUUUCCAGUCAUGAAUAAAUAUUGACAGGAAAAGUUUGCUAUCGAUUCGAAAUCAAUUGUUAGUCGCUGAAUUCGAUCAUGAAUAAAUGUUCACAAUAAAUUUCACAAAUGUCUGCAAGGAA